AAGAGUCAAAGAUGUCUUCCCACAACGGGACGUUGUUAUAUAUUAUCAAACUUAUGACAGCAACAACGCAAUUGAAAGCUUAUGCCAAAUUAUUCGCGGCGACUGUUACUAAAAUUGAUUAUUAUCAGUUGACCGGAGACAAACGUUUCCACUUUACCGAGCACCCGUUAUACGUUGACGGCAGUCAGUAUUCUGACGAACAGCAGCCUCUAGCUCGGAUAAUAAACGAGAUGUACAAGACUGUGGAGCAAAUUUUCACAAAUUCAAGAAGAGCAGGAUGUGGAAAGGGAACUCUGGUGGGAGUGACUGGGAGAGAAUGGGAGAAAGAGUGGGCGGGGCCGGGCCGACGCUUGGCUCAUGGUGGUGGAAAGAAUGUAGAGUUUUGUGGAUUAAAU